GAGGCCAGGGUGUCCGCCCAGCUGGCUGGCCGACGCCUCUUCGAGUGCGCCUUCGUGUCGCAGGACUUCGACUUUGUGACGCCCUAUUGGCAGCCCGCCUACGUGUACGGGUGGGACGCCCCCGUGACAGUCCCGCGCUGGAGACCCUUCGUCGCCAAGCGGUCGGGCACGAUCCUCAGAGCUCGCGGCCUGAGAGACCGAGACAUGUUCCCGCGGAGGUACAACUUCGAGGGCCCGAGCCCGUGGCUGUGGAGGCCAGAGCUCCACCAGAGGCUGGGCUACAGCCUGCACAGCUCGGUGGGGCCGGACUGCCCCGAGGAGAGCUCCAGGAGCAGCUGUGGCGGUGGAGCAGGGAGCAGGUGGGCCUGCCGCAGCGCCUGGACGAGGGGGACAUCUUCGCGCCCGUCCAGGGAUGACCUUGCCCUCCUCGCUCCUCCCCUCACGCCCUCGUCUUCGCCCU